AUGGAGUCUCACUAUCAUGAAAACAACCUGAUAUCUUCUGUCACCAACCUAUUUGGUGCUGACCGGAUCCAGGAGGAGAUCAGCAGGGUUACAGGAAGUCGUCAGCCCUUGGAAGAGGACAAGAAGAACCUCCGCUUCACUGAUGCAGUGAUCCAUGAGACCCAGAGACUGCCCAACAUUGUACCCAUGUCCAUCCCUCACACCACCAGCCGAGAUGUCACCUUCCAGGAAUACUUCAUCAAAAAGGUGGCGUCUGUGAUUCCUUUAUUGAUGUCCGUCCUACAGGACAAUAGCGAAUGGGAGAGCCUCCACUCCUUUAACCCCUCCCACUUUCUGGAUGAGUCACAGGACAAUGACGAAUGGGAGAGCCUCCACUGGAUGAGCAGUGACAGGGAUGCCUUCAUGGCCUUUUCUGCAGUAACAGAGGAUGAUCUGGACCUCACACCAUCCGUGGGGUUCACCCUCCACCUCACCAGCUGUGUGCUGUGA